CCUCCCCCCCCCCCCCCCCCACUUUCCAAUAAUAUCUGUUCUUCUCCUAACAUAAAAACAUAAAGUUAUCUAGCCAUAAAUAAGGCAAUUAUAGUUUCAUUAGGUCAGCAGUAGUCAUAAUUUGUUGUUAGCAAACUUUACAGAAGUAGCUAGCAGGGGUUGCUUCUCCCUGUUAAUGUGUAAGUUAUUGAUUCUACAUUCCUGAAGGCUUCAUGCUGGAGUUUACAGAACAUGAUGUCUGAGUGGGUGAGUGAGUGACAGUAAGGAUUUAAAGUACGAAUUAUUCAAACAUUCAUUCUGUUCACCUAGUAUUGGAACUGUAAGUGUACCAUGUACACCUAUGCUUACUCAGGGCAAUGUAUUUUUUCUUCAUUGGGCUGCCAUUGCCACCAAGAAACAAUAAUGUGGCUCAAGAAUGUGAUGAGCAUUGUUGCAGUGGAGCAAGUAGUCCACUGAAUGAUUUUGUGGAGUAAGGUUGAGGCUUAGUGCCAUAUACCGACCCUGCCUUGAAGGCGGUUAAGUGGGAGACGUGUCUCAGAGCUGAAUAGUGACAGAUGGUGACACGAGACUGGACACGCACAUAGAUUAUGUAUCAGUCGAUAGAGGACAGUAUUGGAUAGGAGACUGUGAUUUAGUUUCGAUUGUGCCCACUAGAGUGCACUAAAGUAAUGGAAUGUUUUUCAUAAACUGUUCUAGUAUUUUCAUAAAGUGUUAUUAUGUCUUUUUGUUUAUGUAAAAUAUUAUAAAUGUGUUUUAGCAGUAUGAAUGAUGCGUGAGUGUGGUUUAAGGUUAAUAUUAAGAUUAUUGUUUAACGAGUUAUGUAGUGGAUUUAGUGUGGGAACAUUUCGAAGAAGUGUGGAUGUGGACAAAGGGGAUUUUUGUAGAAUAGAUUUGUAAAAUAAGUUUAUGGUAAAGGGAAAGUUAAUUCACGUAUAAAUAACAAUAGUAAAUAACUUUAUGCAUAAAGAAAACUUCAGCAUAUUAGAUAAUUACGUUAGUAAAAAGUGCAGUUGUUAGGUUUACUAUUUUGUAAUCGGUUAUUGAUGAAAAGCACAGACUGACACAGGAGAAUGUAAUUUUGCUAUUGGCUGUUGAGCAAAGUGACCAAUGGUAAAGCAAUAUUCUUCACUCGCCUUUCUCUGCUGAUAAGGAAGACUUAAGAGUAUUCUAGAGAGGAGUCAGAGCCUAGCCAUGAAACAGUUUGGACGUUUGAAUGGAAAUGGUAAGUUGCCAGCUCUAGCAGUGUUUCAUACAUCAAAAGUGUUGUAAAAUGACGGCAUAAUUACUCUGAUGGGUGUGUAGAAAUUUCAGAAUUUUUACGUGAAUUUUGUGAUGAGAAAAGACAUAAAUUCCACGUCGCGUACUGAGCAGGUCGGUGGGUAAAAACUGUGAUUGUAUUAGGUACCGACUGUCUUAACAUUUGGCAAGCAUUCUCAAUCAAAGACAAUCCAUAUUUUUUGUAGCUAUUACGUUUUGGGGCAAUGCAACACCAUAAAUUUGCUAAUGUGAGUGAAAGGGAUGGUGAGUGACUGUGUUAAGACUAGCACGGGCUUAGCAGUGAUACUUGUUCACCUAAGUUUCAGAAUAUAUUAAUUAAGGAAAAAUUUUCCAACUUUUCAUUUCGUGCGAAAACUUUCUCCAGAAACGUAGAUUAGUGACUUUAAUUGCAGCCUGGUUCACGUCGAAGUACAGUAGGUUUCGCUCGGCUUUCCCACUGAUGAUCUGCUGAGACAAUGUUCACAGGUAGAUGCAGGUCCGUCGUAAAGGGACAGAAGGAACUGUGCCGCCUAAGGUCAAUGCAUAUGAGAAGAGGGAGUUAAGUCAUUAGUUUUGUAAAGUUCACAUUAUGAUGACUUUAAAUCUAUCAAAAUUCAAGCUAUCACAGAUUAUCAAAAAUAUGCAGAUUUUCUGUGGAAUUAAUCAAAAUUUCUCAUUGCAAUGUACAAUAUUAUAAUGGCUGUACAUUGUUUGUUGAACGUUUUAUGACCAAAAGCGAUAGUUACAAUAAACAGAAUUCACAUUAUAUUUAUCUUGGAAAGCUAAUAAUCUGUAAAAGGCAGCUCAAGCAGGAAGCUAGAAUUGUAUUAAAUAGAUUGGACACAGAUCGGUAUUAGCUGAUUAUUUGAAAAUAAACUCAACCAACAGUGAAAUUCGGUGUUAAAAUUAUGUUCAUUUCAGGGUUUUCUUUUAACAAUAACAUGUAAUUUAAAACAAGGAUUCAAACAAUGAUCAUAUUAGUUGAAGUACACACUCAAUUAUCAAAGAAAAUGAUCUAAAGAUGCACAUUCAUCAUUAUCUUGUACUGUUUCCAGCCCCAGGUUGAGCCUGUCUGGAACAUAACCCUCACCAUAUAGUCCUAUUUUCCCACCAUCUUUCUGUGUUCAUUCCAGUCCAGUCCUCACCUCUUUUCUCCAGACAUACUCCAUACCUUUCAGCUCUAUCUCUCAGUCUUCCUCUUGACUGUUCCCUUGGCAUCUCCAUUUCAUGUAUCCUCAUUUUCAUUCUCUUUAAGUGUCCAUACAAUCUCCUUUCAUUCCUCAUGCUAUCCCUCCUUGUUAUUCCUCUCCUACGCCUGUAAUUUGCUUACAUCUCUCUUCUUCAUUAACCAUAUUUCAGAUGCAUAGGUCAGUAUUGGGAUGUAGUGCUUUCCAUGGAUUACUUCUUUGCUUUUUUGUGGGACAUCUUUAUUCUAAACCAGGCUCCUACCACUUCGCAUGGAUGCUUCUACCUGUCUGCAUGUUUAUUUAUCUCUUUCUCAUUUUUUCUUUAUCACACUUUCCAAGUACUUACCGCUCCCUCCUUCAAUUGUUCACCUCCAACCCUUAUUCCACUAGCUGGUCCAUCUUUCUUUCUCAUUGUACUAAGGACCUCGCAUAUGUUUACAAUAAAUUUCAUUCCGUAUUAUCUCACAAUUUCUUCCCAAACACCCAUCUGUUUCUGAGCCUCGUCCUCCCUGUUUGCCAAGGUCAUCAAGUCAUCCAUGAACUCCAUUCCUUUCAUCUUGUCUUCUCCGCUUUUUUCUGCCAUCUUAUCAUCAUUUCACCCAGUACCACAAUCAAGAGGAGAGGUGACAAUGCACUGCCCCGUUUCACUCCACUUGUUUGCUGGAAACAAUUUGUCCUUUCAUUUCACACUUCCACAUAACUCAGACUUCCACAGUACAUCUCCUCCACUCUGUUUGUUGUCUUUUUUUCCACAACCUUACACCCUUCUUUUCUACUGCUUCCCAGAUGGUUCUUUUACAGACGCUAUCAAAUGCCUUUUCUGUAUCGAGAAAGGCCGUCACAAGGCCUUGCCCAAAUUCAUAGUGGUGCUGAUGGAGCUCCCUAAAAGCAAAUAUGAGGUCAACACUUGAUCUCCCAGGUUUGAAGUCAUGCUGUUUCUCUCUCAAUUUAGUCUUGAUCCUUGUUGGGAUUCUACUCUCCAGGAUCUUAUUGUAUACAUUGGCACAGAGCUGUAUCUGUGACUCUCAGGUAGUUUAUAGUAUCCUCCCUACUCCCUUUAUUGAAUACAGGGCAAAUUAGUGUCCACUUCCAAUCUUCUAGAGUCUUCUUCUCAUUCUACAAUCCCCUCAUCACACAAUACAGCCUGUUUUCCAACCUCCCCGGCUUCCUUUAACACUUACUUCGUCCAUAUCUGGUGCCUUUCUUCUCCAGUGCCAUUUCCAUUUCUUUCCAUGUCAGGUCCUCCCCCCCCCCCCCCCCCCCCCACCACCACCACCCAAGUUCACUUCUACCUUUUUCCCUCCAUUAUCAUUCCAAGUCCGUUCAGAUUUAGCAAGUACUCAAAGUACUCCUUCCACACUGUCUCAGUACCCAUUUGUUAUUAAUCUCUUCCACAUUUCUAUCCAUCAUUGCUGCAUUCUCUCUCAAACCUCUUCUCUUACUUAUGACCAUACCAUAUAUGCUUUCUUACUUCCUCUGCUGCCUUCCUCCAUCAUUUUUGUCCAUUCUCCCAUCCCCUUUUUGUCUCCUCAGCUUGUUUGCUACUUUCUUUGCUUUCUCAUGCUCCUCUCUCACCUGAACAUUAACAAAUGAUGAAAUUAAAAAUAGAAGAAAGCAGAUACCUUACAUGUGGCUUAUCAUGCUAUGAUUUCACUCUCAUGUGAGGAGUGUAACAGUGACUAUUAGAAACUUUACAUCAAUCUACACUAGUGACAGUGAUUGGAACUGCAACAGCUGUCAGCAGUAGGAUUAAUUACAUGCAUUGAUCAAGUUAGCAACAACGGGAAGUAGUUGCCAAGGAUUUAACCACCACAAUACAUUUGAUCAACUAAAUAGCAGCAACAUCCUUCAAGUAAUGGACUAUAGUUUCACAGCACAAAAACAAGCAAAUGCCAUAAUCACAAUCAACUGCAUUUUCAAGCAAAGUUUGCUUUGCAUGCCGGUAGUAGGUGUUUCUGGAUGGGAACUUUGAAAAGCUCAGAACAGUGUAUUGAACACUGAUUUGCAGGAACUAAAUUCUACCUGAACUGUAUAACAGCAUUAGAAUAUUGUGACAAUUGUAGUUUGUUAUCAUUAAAUAAUUAUGGCAGGGAAGGGAGAAACAGAUGGUAAUCAUAAAAGCUCUGCUGUAUAAACUGGAUGCAGAAAUGAAACUGGAAGAGGUACACACAGGGUUUUUGGAUGGCAGUAACGUGGUUAACAGUCUGACGGAUAACAUCUAUGAAGAAGGAAACUGUAUCGUACCAUGCGUAGAAUGACAGAAUAUCACAGUAGACAGUGGGAGAAACAUCAUAGAGACACAGGCAUUAUUUGAUUGGAAGGUCACAACUGGGCUCAUUGUGACACAGUUAAAUAUACUGGAGGAGGAGUGAACUAAUAAGAUGUCCAGAAAAAAUUGUUAAGAAGCUAAAACAGAGCCAGUUAGAGUUAAAACAGAACCAGGACAACACAGAAAGCAGAAGAAAAGUACUGACAAGUUAAAAAUAAGCCAGUAAGAAAGUGUUAACAAUUCGAAGCACAUUAAAUAAGCAGCAGGAAGAACUAGAAAGCAGGAUGUAUAAACUGCAACAAAAGACACUGACAAAUGGUGAAUCAGUAAACAAAAUAAUGCAGCCAGACCUUUAGGAAGAUUUUCGUAGCAAAAUAACAUUCGACAAAUUUAGACAAACAAAAAUUACAUCCAGUACUAUUCAUGUGGAGUUUCAAAGGUGUGUUAUCACACAGUUUCCCAGAGGCUCAUAAAAUAGUGUAUGUAACAAAAUGCUUGAAAGACUAAGUUGCAAGAUGGGGAAAUGAAAUGAUCAUAUGGCUUUAUUGUCUGGGAGGCUGGGUCUGGGAUUGUUUGGCUAGUUGCUUUCUAUUUGUUGCUGUUUCAGUGACUUGCUUGCUGAAGAAGACAAGAGGAAUUGAUUGGAUAACACACUCAGUUCCCGAGCAAAGAAAAUCUUUUACCUGGCCUGGAUUCAAACCCAGGGCCCUUUGCUCUAGUUAACCACUAGCUCGUGAGCUGCAGACACAAGUUGGCAAGGGUAGCUAGGAAAAUACAAGGUAACAUGCACAAAUUGUGAAAUGGCAGUUCUAGUAAGGUAGUUGUAGAAGACUAAACAAAGUAACUUUUGUUUGUAACUGAAGAGCAUUUCUUCAAAACUCAAUAAACGCAAAAAAGUAAAUUUUUCAGGAAACACAUAUUUUAAAUACCCGGCUGAUAUAAAUGCUAAUUAUGUAAACGAGAUAUUUUAACAUUUACACAGCUUUUUUACCCACAAUUCCAACUACGUGCUUCACUUUUCUAAAAUUUUCGUUGUUUAUUGCAGAAUAAAGGGAUGGAGUUUCCAAGUUUUUUUUUUUCAAAAGUUGAUAAAUGCAAAGAUGGAAUUUAAAAGUUCUGUUAUUAAAAUUGUUUUCUUCUGAUCCCUUUUAUCUCUAAGAUUAAUUGCAAAGAAAGCUACAUUUGUAUUCAUUGUGGAUAGAAAUAUAAUAAUGCACUACAAUACAACACUUUAGUAUAAUACUUUUCCAUAAAUGUUUGAUAAGUAAAAGAGCAAAACACCAACAAACACUAUUGAAAUACAACACAGAAUACUGGCUACAACAAUACUAAACUACAAACCUACUGAUCACUUUCAACAAUGUUCUCAUAAAACUAUACCGCUUGUAGAGGUGGAAGUCCAAACUGUCAGGCAGCUGCGAGUGAUAAGAAAGUAAACAGCGACUGAGUUAUAAAGAGACAAAAGAAGCUCUGUGUAGGAACCCGUGAUAAGCAGUCAAUUAGGAGUAUCAACAGAGAGCACUUCUGGUUAGAGAGAGAAGUCUGGGAGUGGAGAGAGAAAGAAAGAGUGCCCUUGGUGAGGACAGCACUACGUUAUGAGGAGCCAAUGAAGGACUUAGGACACAGUGCGUGACCAUAUAGGGAGAGGCACCUCUAUCCCUCCAGCUUCUGAAGGAAAAUAAUGGAAGUAAUACUUAAACAAUACCAAAUAAGGAUAAGUUGCACUCCACACUAAGUCAUGUCAAGUGCUGGCAGGGUCAAAUUUGGAAAGCUAACAAAACUUGGAAGUACGCACUCUCAAGGUUAAGCUCCAGGCAACGACAGUAGUAAGCGUGGCUAGCAGCAGCCGACUUGGUCUGAGGAAUGGGCUGUGGGCAGGCCGCCAGAGAUAGUCGCUGAUGAGUGUUUAGGCAGUAGCCGUGGGACCCUGAUGUAAAGUGCUAGUGUGGGUAGCAGUUUCACUGAAGAGCUUCUAUCACGCAGUCAGAAUGAUGGUAGUUAGUCACCGUCUCUGUGAAAGAAUUGGCCAUUCCAUGGGUAUAAUCACCAACGCAGUUACAGUGAUCUGUAUUCUUUCUGAAUAAACUAGAACUUGUGUAACGUUUGGAAUAGUUUAUUUCCACCCACUUCCUAGCCUUGUACCUUCACACCAGGUAUUUCAACAUCUUAGCCAGAUCAAAAAGUCUCCCUCUCAAAAGGUCAACUGGUUAAUCUCUUUCACAAACCGCGUCGCUCAGUCCCCAGCAAAAUCCACACUUGGGACACGACACACUGCUUCUGGUAUAUUAAAAUGCCUCACAAAUUUUACGACACACUUUUUCCUUUCCUUGAUGACCAGGUUCUUCUUUCAUAAAGUGGCUGUUUUCCUCACUUCCUGACUGUAGUUUCAGGAUUUCCAUACCUCAACCUCUACAGGACUUCCAUUAUAAGUGUACGACCCAGACAACAAACAGGACUUCAAUUGUAAGUGUCUGAUACUAACAACAAUACCUUCUUCUUAGACUUUUCAUGAGCCAUCAGUUGCUGAGCUGUUAUUUUGAAAAGCAUCUUACAUCAUAGAGCUUUUGAUGUACUCGACUUGCAACCCUUUGCUUGAGCAGUAAUCAGGAGUUGAUGUCGUUUUGUAAAAUUAUUCUCCAUUCAGGUCUCUCAGAAGCAAAGCACAGUCGGAAUUUAUUGGUUUUUGCUUUAGCUAUCUGAGAGUAAGUAUUCAGUUUUGCAAAAACUUGUAGUUUUCAAUAUCCUAUAACAAAGUAAAAAAUGGCUUUUGACAAUAUUAUUCUAAUCAUUCUAAUGAUUCUCUUCAAGCUGACGAAACAAUUGAUGGGAUCCCUGCUUUAGAUGAGAGGGGUAGGCUGUGCAUCAAGGGCACCUGGUAAGUUUAAGCAACUAUACACGCAAUACAUAAAAUUUUUUACUUACUGUUGUCUUUUUUUAAUUUGACAGCUGCCCAUAUAUUUUCACUGGUUUCGAAGUCAGAAAAGAAGAGAAUUUUAUUUGGACCAUUUUCUGGGUGGGACACCUCAUGGUUUUUGAGAAAAAUUCAAUAGAGCAGAGGUAACUUGGUUGCAUCCUUUCAUCCUCCUACGAGGGUUGUUUUUUAAGUAAGGGCCGUUCGCGCAUAUAGUCCCAUAGUUCGCGCGGACGCCGCAACAAGCCACCGUGCCACUUGCUGGCAUCCUUCCCGUUCACACUGAUGCAAGUUGCAGCUCUGUAGCUGACAUGUACGCGCAUUGCUGUGCUACUUUAUAAUGUUUACGAUUAUUGAAUCGCCCGCCGCGUGUGAGAUACGGUCAGUGAUACCACGAGAAGCCUAUCAGCUGCAGAAAUUCAUCGUCAGUUAACAGAAGUUUAUGGCUUGAAUGCAAUGAGUGAAGGUAAAGUGCGUCAAUGGGUUAGAGAUUUUAAAAAUGGCUGUCAAAACGUCCAUGAUGAAGAACGCUCAGGCCAGCCCUCUGUGAUCACUGAUGAUUUGGUGGCUGCAGUCGAAACAAAGAUUCGUGCGGACAGAAGAUUCACAAUUUCCACUCUUUCUUUGGAAUUUCCACAAGUUCCAAGAUCAGUUUUGUACAAAAUUGUGUCUGAAAACCUAAACUUUAAGAAAUUGUGUUCUUGGUGGGUACCCAGACUCCUCACAGAGGACCACAAAGGGAAGAGAUUUGCCACUUCAUUGGACUUUUUGAUUCGUUACGAGGAAGAAGGGGAUGACAUGUUGAGUCAAAUUGUCACUGGAGAUGAAACAUGGGUAUCCCGUAUCACUCCCAAAAGCAAGCGACAAUCAAUGGAAUGGCGACACACAACCUCAUCCAUCAAGGUCAAAGCCAAACAGACACUGUCAAAGCGCAAGAUUAUGGCAACUGUGUUCUGGAACCAGCGCGGUGUUUUGCUAGUGGACUUUAUGCCACGAGGAAUGACAAUCAACUCAGAUACCUACUGUGCAACUCUAAAGAAGCUCCGCAGAGCAAUUCAAAACAAAAGGUGCGGCAUGCUGGCAGAAGGAGUUUUGCUCCUGCACGAUAACGCUAGGCCUCACACCUCUCAAAAGACUCAGGAUUUGAUUGAUUCUUUUGGCUGGGAAGUUUUGGACCAUGCACCAUACAGCCCCGACCUUGGUCCUAGCGAUUUUCACCUUUUCGGUACCUGAAACACCAUCUUGGCAGGCAGCGCUUCAAUGACGACAAUGAAGUGAAAGUGGCCGUGAACUCUUGGCUGUAGGAGCAGGUGGCCGAAUUCUUUGAAGAGGGAAUUAAAAACUUAGUUGUACGGUAUGACAGUUGCCUAAAUAAACAAGGCAACUAUGAAGAAAAAUAGGUAAAAGUGUGUAGAAUCAAAAAAUAAAAGUUUUUUAAAAAAAUAUUUGUAUCUUUUUUUAAAAAUAAAAAUGGCCCUUACUUAAAAAACAACCCUCAUAUUUCAAGCCAAGUAUAAAAAUAAAUCUUUUCCUUUGUCUAUGCUCAGGAAUGGAUUACAAUCCACAAAUUCUAUAGUCAAACCUGUCUUCAAUAGAAUACAUCACCUACACUUAGUUUUAGUAUUGGUUGAUUUUGCCGUAUGCCAAAAUACAUUCCAACCACAUUUUUCAUCUUUGUUACUGCAUAGAACUUUGUUGCACUAAGUUUGUGCAACCCAUGGCUGGUUAUUAACUGAUUAUUUUUCUCCAAGUCUUGUUUCUUUUGAGUGUCUGUUCUUGGACAAUCCCUGAUGUUGCCUGAAAUGUUGCAGCUCAUACAGGUACAGUCUGGUGACUUUUUUCUUAUUGGUACUUUAUAAAAGCAGUAUUCUUUGUUUUCGGCUCUUUCCUGAUGUUUCUUUAGCUUGACUAAGCUGGCUCAAAUUGAGCAAUAAUCAGGAGUUAAUGUUGUUUUGUAAACUUAUUCACCAUUCAGGUCUCUCAGAAGCAAAGCACAGUUGGAAUUUACCAACUUUUGCUUUAGCUAGCUGAGAGUAAAUAUUCAGUUUUGCAAAAACUUGUAGUUUUUCAAUAUCCAAUAACUAAGUAAAUAAUGGCUUUUGACAAGACUAUUCUAAUAAUUCUAAUGACUCUCUUCAAGCCGAUGAAACAACUGAUACGUGGAUCCCUGCUUUAGAUGAGAGUGGUAGGCUGUGUAUCAAGGGCACCUGGUAAGUUUAAGCAACUACACAUCUCAUACAUUUUUGUUAAUUUGGCAGUUGCCCAUAUGUCCAUGUGUAACAUGAGCAAGUUACAUCUUUACUUUCUUUUCCCUCAUAUCUAGCCCAUUUUUCUGAUGUGUUUCACAUUUACAAAGGUCACAAAUAAUUGUGGUUGUAAUGGCAUGGGCUUGAGUCAGGUCCUGAUACUGAAUUCCAGGCACCGAUUGACACCUGCUGUUUUCAGCUGUUACAGCAUGCCACUUAAUGGCGACACAGGUGCUAGGUCAAUAACUGGCACUAUAAAUUUUCAUGGCACUCAGCGGGUAUCAUAUGUGAUCUCAACUUUAGCAAGAAUUGCCUUAUUGUAUCUAAAAUAUGGCUGUCUGGCCAUGUGAGACAGGUUGCAAUAGCUGAGCUUUGAAACAGUGUGGGCUGUGUGCGAGCUGCCAUCACAAGGCUGCCAACAUUGUUCUGUCUCAAUGGGACUGCCAGCUGGGGUCUGACUGUAGCUCAAUUCGGACAGUGUUUGAGCUGAUGUCCUUUUAGAUGUGAACCACUAGGAUGAGUGACAAGACAUUUCAAAGUGCUCAAUCCUUCUGUAAUUUGGAGGAACUAUAGAGAGGCAUUAUAGAGGAAAGAACACUUCUACAUACUAAUGUGAAGAACUUAACAAGAUAACUCAGAAACAGGGAUACACUGUCAAGUUUUGUGGAGUGGAUAAAGAAGGUAAACAUUGAUACGUAUAAACUGAAAGGUGACAGGCAAAAGGCAUGAGACAGAACAGAGAGCGAUAGAUGCAUUUUUGUGGGGUUUGCCUAUAGAGAGGUUAUGUAAAUUUCAUUUAAAAUUUCCACAAACUUUAAAUACAGUAGUAGCAUUUGUGGUAACUUUGGCCAAGGUUUAUCCGUUUCCACCCAAACCCACUCGAUUGUGCGGGUUCGGUUUUUAUUUUUUAACAACAAACAUAAUCUCUUCCAACCGACCUGCAAUGAUCGUGCAGGUUGUGCACUACGCGUUUCUCAUGUUUAUUUUGCCAUUCAGCCCCAACAGAUUGCAGCACAUAUUGUUUAAGUUGAUCAAGAAGUGAGCAUUAUGCCGGUGCCUAGUUAGUAGCUCAUAAUUCAGUUAAAUUGAAUCUGCUGGAUCUGGUUAUUUGUAAUAGUGUGUACAACAUUGUGAUAUUGAUAAUUAUUAGUAACUUCAUAUCUUUGCACAGUAAUUGUGUGUUAAAUUUGUACUAGCACGAUUGUGUGAGUUAGGUGUUGACUGUGUCCUGGAGUGGGUGUUGUUGAUUGUGUCAUUGGCGUCCCUAUAUUACUGCUUUUCAUGAGGUUCUGAAUGGGACAGUUUUUAUGCACAAACCCGUUAUUGUAUGCAGGUUUAUCAGACAAUCGAAUCAGUUCUCUAUUAGAGGAUUCAGAUUUGAGUGGCAUUUCGUCAGAUGAAGACGAGUUUGUUCCUUCUCCUUCAAAUAUUCAGCAGGCAGACGACUCGUCUGAUGAUGAUUUGAGUGCCGAAGAAGUUCCUGAAGAGCGCAGGAGUUCACACAGUGUCACAGAAUGUGUCACACCACUGCUUUUUCGGAGAUCAAAUUUUGUUCAGAAGUUUCAUCCACCAAACAUUAAUUACAGUGCUGUUGAGGUCAGUGACAAAGAGGUGCAAUCUGAGUUACCUAUUUCUUGUAUCAAUCCCAUUUUCUUACUAAAAUAUCUUCUUUUUAAUUCUAGAGUCUUUCACCAAUUGGAGCUCCUGCUGAAUAUUUAUGUGAAUAUUUCAGUGAAAAGUUUUUUGAAGAGGCAGCGUAAUACACAAAUAUGUAUAGUGAUGCAAAGACAGGGAAAUCCCUAGGGACUAAAGCUCAUGAACUGAAGGUGUUUUUUGGGAUAAAUGUAAUGAUAGGCUGCAUAAGGUAUCCUAGGCUACCUAUGUACUGGAAAAAUCUAUUAAUUUAUCAGCUAUUAGUGAGACUAUGCCUAGAGACCGGUUCCUUGCACUCAGGAAUAAUGUGCACUUUGUUGAUACUAUAAAACCACCUGAAGAGGCUAAAACUAAUAGACUGUGGAAAGUUCAGCCAGUGAUCGACGCAGUAAGAAGAAUAUGUCACAGUUUGCCUCGUAGCUUUAACUACUACAGUCUUGAUGAGCAAAUGAUCCCUUUUACUGGGCGUUGCAAACUGAAGCAAUAUGUCAAAGGAAAACCAAGGCCUGUAGGUCUUAAAAACUUUAUCAUGACCUCAGCAUCAGGUAUAGUGUUGGAUUUUGAAAUUUAUCAGGGGGCUACUACACCUGUGGGUGAUAAGUCAUUAGGAUUAGGCCCUUCUGUUAUUUUAUGACUAACACAAACUCUCCCACAAGGAAGUUUUGUUUAUUUCGAUAGGCACUUCACCACAAUUCCUCUCUUAGCAAAGCUUAACGAGAAAGGAAUUAAGGCUACUGGCACAAUAAUGGUAAGGGAAGAAUGAAAAGAGGAGAGUGUCAUUCAUAUGUUAGAGCAGGUGAAGCUGUAGUAAUUACUGAGUGGCAGGACAGUCAGAUGGUCGUGAUAGCAUCCACUUGUGCUGGCAUUGAGCCAAAAUGUAAAGUUCAAAGGUGGUGUAAGCAGGAGGGUCACUACCUUGAUGUAGAUUGCCCUUUUGUAAUUCAGCAGUACAAUGCCAAUAUGGGUGGCGUAGACAUUCAUGACCAGCAGGUUGAGUGUUACCGAAUGUGGUUCAGAAUCAGAAAAUGGACACUGAAGUGCUUGCUACAUUUCAUAGACCUUUCAGUGGUCAACUGCUGGUUUCUCUACAGAGAGCACUGUCGUGAAAACCAGACUGCCAAAAAGAACAUUAUGAAUCUGUUGAAAUUUACAAUGUCUCUAGCUGAGGCUCUUCUGUCAUGUCCAGAAAGAAAGACGAGAGCUGAAGAGUUUGAAACACCGUUAGAUGAUACGUUAAGUACCUCCACAAAGGCAAAAGUUUACAAACCCCAUCCAAAACUACGUUUGGACAAGCGAUAUGAUGGGUAUGAUCACUGGCCGACAUUGGAUGAUAUUUUGUCACCAUGAACAUGUCAGUAUGAGCGCUGCAGUUCCAGAACAAAGACAAAGUGCAUAAAAUGCAAUCAGUACUUAUGUCUUGCAAAAUGAAAGGAUUGUUUCAAAUUAUCUCGUGAAAAGUGAAGCAGUCUGAACCAUGACUCUGUGUUACAAAAUAAAUUAAUAAUAUUUAUUAUUAAUUUUUUUGCCACAGAAUAUGAUUUGCAAAUUUAUGUAACAUUUUUUAUAACAACUAAUAAAUAAAAGUAAUGAAAGAAUAAUUUUUUAUUCAUAACUGUUCCUCAGGUAACUUAUAAUAUCAAACAAAUAGCAGGAAGUCAGUGAAUAAUUUUGGUGAAAUUAAACCUGACCCUCACGAUUGUGCUAGUUGUUUUCCCGCUACAUUUUUUAUGGAAGAGUUUUUUAUUAUUUUUCCCAGUGUCUACUAUGCCCAAGUAUACAGAGAAUUCAACUUUAUUCACCAUUUCUUUUUUUUUUUUUUUAAAGGUGUUUAAGGUGGAAAAGGGUUAUGCAGUGACUGAGCCUAAUGUGAGGAAAGUAGCUUUUAAUAUUGAGACUGUGUGUUAUAAAUGUGGUCAGCUGGGCCACAGAUGAUGGUAUUGCAAAAAAUCACAGUGUAAGAAGUGUAAAUGGGUUGGACAUUCUAUGAGACUGCCACUGCAGGGAUUCACAAAAAAGAGAGUGAGUCAUGUGGUACAUACUGUGCUACAGUGUUAAAUGAAAGAGGGAAUGGUGCAAUCAGUGUGUGUCAUACUCAUUGCCUGUUAGCCCAAAGCAGCCUGUGCAGAAUCGGUGGCAGUUGUUUAACAAUAUGUCUAGGAGGAAGGAGGGUGCAAACAUUGCAAAAUAUGAGAUGGCAGGCGGAGCUUCAAGGAAUCCUCGGAACCACAGGCCCCCUACAAAACCUUUCACUUGACUCCAUCAACCUCCUGACCCCACCAAUACGCCGCACCCCUACCUUCUACCUACUUCCUAAAAUUCACAAACACAAACAUCCUAGCCACCCCAUUGUAGCUGGUUACCAAGCCCCCCCAGAACGUAUCUCUGCCUACGUAGAUCAACACCUUCAACCCAUUAUAUGCAGUCUCCAUCCUUACCCAAUCUGUUACCCCUGGAAACCAUCCUUGUAACCACAGAUGCCACUUCCUUAUACACAAAUAUCCUGUAUGUCCAGGGCCUUGCUGUGAUGGAGCACUUCCUUUCAUGCCGAUCACCUGCUACCCUACCUAAAACCUCUUUCCUCAUUACCUUAGCCAGCUUCAUCCUAACCCACAACUUCUUCACUUUUGAAGGCCAGACAUACCAACAAUUAAAGGGAACAGCCAUGGGUACCAGGAUGGCCCCCUCGUACCCCAGCCUAUUUAUGGGUCGCUUAGAGGAAGCCUUCUUGGUUAGCCAAGCCUGCCAAUCCAAAGUUUGGUACAAAUUUAAUGAUGACAUCUUCAUGAUCUGGACUCACAGUAAAGAACUCCAGAAUUUCCUCUCCAACCUCAACUCUUUUGGUUCCAUCAGAUUCACGUGGUCCUACUCCAAAUCCCAUGCCACUUUCCUUGACGUUGACCUCCAUCUGUUCAAUGGUCAGCUUCACACAUUCGUCCACAUCAAACCCAUUAACAAGCAGCAGUACCUCCAUUAUGACAGCUGCCACCCAUUCCAUAUCAAACAGCCCCUUCCCUACAGCUUAGGUCUUCGUGGCAAACGAAUCUGCUCCAGUCCAGAAUCCCUGAACCAUUACACCAAUAACCUGAAAACAGCUUUGGCAUCCUGUAACUACCCUCCCGACCUGGUACAGAAGCAAAUAGCUAGAGCCACUUCCUCAUCCCCUCAAACCCAGAACCUCUCACAGAAGAACCCCAAAAGUGCCCCACUUGUGACAGGAUACUUUCCAGGACUGGAUCAGACUUUGCAUGUGGCUCUCCAGCAGGGAUACAACUUUCUCAAAUCCUGCCCUGAAAUGAGAUCCAUCCUUCAUGAAAUCCUCCCCACUCCACCAAGAGUGUCUUUCCGACGUCUACCUAACCUUCGUAGCCUCUUGGUUCAUCCCUAUGAAAUCCCCAAACCACCUUCCCUACCCUCUGGCUCCUACCCUUGUAACCACCCCCGGUGUAAAACCUGUCCUAUGCACCCUCCCACCACCACCUACUCCAGUCCCGUAAUCCGGAAGGUGUACAUGAUCAAAGGCAGAGCCACAUGUGAAAGCUCCCACGUGAUUUAUCAACUGACAUGCCUACACUGUGAAGCCUUCUAUGUGGGAAUGACCAGCAACAAAAGGUCCAUUCACAUGAACGGACACAGGCAGGCAGUGUUUGAUGGUAAUGAAGAUCACCCUGUGGCUAAACAUGCCUUGGUGCACAGCCAGCACAUCUUGACACAGUGUUACACCGUCCGGGUUAGAUGGAUACUUCCCACUGACACCAACCUAUCAGAACUCUGGAGAUGGGAACUUGCCCUUCAAUAUAUUCUCUCUUCCCAUUACCCAACAGGCCUCAACUCUGCUAAUUUCAAGCUUCCGCCCCUCGUACCUCACCUGUCAUUCAACAACAUCUUUGCCUCUGUACUUCCGCCUCGACUGACAUCUCUGCCCAACAUCUUUGCAUUUACAUAUGUCUGCCUGUGUCUGUAUAUGUGCGGAUGGAUGUGUGUGUGCGCACGAGUGUAUACCUGUCCUUUUUUCACCCUAAGGUAAGUCUUUCCGUUCCCAGAAUUGGAAUAACUCCUUACCCUCUCCCUUAAAACCCGCAUCCUUUUGUCUUUCUCUCUCCUUCCUGAUGAAGCAACCAUGGGUUGCGAAAGCUUAAAUAUUUGUGUGUGUUUUUUAUUUUAUUGUGUCUAUCAACAUACCAGCGCUUUCUCGUUUCGUAAUUUAAAAUUUAUUUUUUGGACUGCCACAAUCAAAUUCAUCUGAAACAUUAUGAUAACCUUGUAAGCCAUAAUAUUAUACAUACUUUUAUCGAUAAGUGGUAAUGUUUUCAUGUUUUUAAAGUGAAUACUGUGUGAUAUAUGACAAUUUAAACAGAAUGUAGCACAAUGGUAUAAUUAUGCAUGACAUUUUUAGCACACACUACUCCAAAUCGGCAGACUGAAAAGGGCUAACAAUGAAUUUAAAAAAUAGGAAUGUGGGUAAACUAUCAGCAUAGUGAUUACAUUAUUGUGGCCAAGAUAGAUACAAAGCCCAUACCUACCACAGUAGUACAAGUUUAUAUGCCAACUAGCUCCACAGAUGAAAAAGAGAUUGAUGAAAUGUAUGAUGAGAUAAAAGAAAUUAUUCAGAUAGUGAAGGGAGACGAAAAUUUAAUAGUCGUGGGUGACUGGAAUAUGAUAGUAGAAAAAGGAAGGGAAGGUCACAUAGUAGGUGAAUAUGGAAUGGGGGUAAGGAAUGAAAGAGGAAGCCGCCUGGUAGAAUUUAGCACAGAGCAUAAACUUAAUCAUAGCUAACACUUGGUUUAAGAACCAUGAAAGAAAGCUGCAUACAUGGAAGAGGCGUGGAAAUACUGGAAGGUUUCACAUAUAUUAUAUAAUGGUAAGACAGAGAUUUAACUGUAAGUCAUUUCCAGGGGCAGAUGUGGACUCUGACCACAAUCUCUUGGUUAUGAACUGUAGAUUAAAACUGAAGAAGCUGCAAAAAGGUGGGAAUUUAAGGAGAUGGGACCUGGAUAAACUGACAGAACCAGAGGUUGUAGAAAGUUUCGGAGAGAGCAUUAGGGAAGGAUUGACAAGAAUGGAGGGAAGAAAUACAGUAGAAGAAAAAUGAGUUGCUUUGAGAGAUGAAAUAGUGAAGGCAGCAGAGGAUCAAGUAGGUAAAAAGACGAGGGCUGGUACAAAUCCUUGGGUAACAGAAGAUAUAUUGAAUUUAAUUGAUGAAAGGAGAAAAUAUAAAAAUGCAGUAAAUGAAGCAGGCAAAAAGGAAUACAAACAUCUCAAAAACUAGAUCGGCAGGAAGUGCAAAAUGGCUAAGCAGGGAUGGCUCGAGGACAAAUGUAAGGAUGUAGAGGCAUAUAUCACUAGGGGUAAGGUAGAUACUGCCUACAGGAAAAUUAAAGAGACCUUUGGAGAUAAGAGAACCACUUGCAUGAAUAUCAAGAGCUCAGAUGGAAACCCAGUUCUAAGCAAAGAAGGGAAAGCAAAACGAUGGAAGGAAAGGAGUAUAUAGAGGGUCUAUAAAAGGGCGAUGUACUUGACAAUAUUAUGGAAGUGGAAGAGGAUGUAGAUGAAAUGGGAGAUAUGAUACUGCAUGAAGAGUUUGACAGAGCACUGAUAGACCUAAGUCGAGACAAGGUCCCUGAAGUAGACAAUAUUCCAUCAGAGCUACUGAUAGCCUUGGCAGAGUCAGCCCUGACAAAACUCUACCAUCUGGUGAGCAAGAUGUAUACGACACAGGUGAAAUACCCUCAAACUUCAAGAAGAAUAUAAUAAUUCCAAUCCCAAAGAAAUCAGGUGUUGACAGAUGUGAAAAUUACCGAACUAUCAGUCUAAUAAGUCACAGCUGCAAAAGACUAAUGCAAAUUCUUUACAGAUGAAUAGAAAAACUGGUAGAAGCUGACCUCGAGGGAGAUCAGUUUGGAUUCCAUAGAAUUGUUGGAACAUGUGAGGCAAUACUGACCCUACGACUUAUCUUAGAAGAUGGAUUAAAGAAAGGCAAACCUAUGUUUCUAGCAUUUGUAGACUUAGAGAAAGCUUUUGACAAUGUUCACUGGAAUACUCCUCUUCAAAUUCUGAAGGUGGCAGGGGUAAAAUACAGGGAGCAAAAGGCUACUUACAAUUUGUACAGAAACUAGAUAGCAGAUGUAAGAGUCGAAGGGCAUGAAAGGGAAGCAGUGGUUGGGAAGGGAGUGAAACAGAGUUGUAGCCAAUCCCCAAUGUUAUUCAAUCUGUAUAUUGAGCAAGCAAUAAAGGAAACAAAAGAUAAAUUCGGAGUAGGUAUUAAAAUCCAUGGAAAAGAAAUAAAAACUCUGAGGUUCGCCGAUGACAUUGUAAUUCUGCCAGAGACAGCAAACGACCUGGAAGAGCAGUUGAAUGGAAUGGACAGUGUCUUGAAAGGAGGAUAUAAGAUGAACAUCAACAAAAGCAAAUUGAGGAUAAUAGAAUGUAGUCGAAUUAAAUUGGGUGAUGCUGAGGGAAUUAGAUUAGGAAAUGGGGCAAAAAGGGAUUUAGAUUAGGAAAUGAGGCACUUAAGUAGUAAACGAGCUUUGCUAUUUGGGGAGCAAAAUAACUGACGAUAGUCGAAGUAGAGAGAAUAUAAAAUGUAGACUGGCAAUGCAAAGGAAAGUGCUUCUGAGGAUGAGAAAUUUGUUAACAUCGAGUAUAGAUUUAAGAGUCAUGAAGUUGUUUCUGAAAGUAUUUGUAUGGAGUGUAGCCAUGUAUGGAAGUGAAAUGUGGACAACAAAUAGUUUCGACAAGAAGAGAAUAGAAGCUUUCAAAAUGUGGUGCUACAGAAGAAUGCUGAAGAUUAGAUGGGUAUAUGAUAUAACUAAUGAGGAUGUAUUGAACAGAACUGGGGAGAAGAGAAAUUUGUGCUCAGCUUGACUAGAAGACGGGUCGGUUGGUAGGACAUGUUCUGAGGCAUCAAAGGAUUACCAAUUUAAUAUUAGUGGGCAGCAUGGAGGGUAAAAAUGGUGGAGGGAGACCAAGAGAUGAAUACACUAAGCAGAUUCAGAAGGACGUAAGUUGCAGUACAUACUGGGAGAAGAAGAAGCUUGCACAGGAUAGAGUGGCAUGGAGAGCUGCAUCAAACCAGUCUCAGGACUGAAGACCACAACAACAACAACAACAACAACAUUCUAAUAUGUCAUGCACGACGACAAGCUUGGUUUAUAAUUACAAAAAUCUAAUUAUCUAGAGGACAAAGCUCUUCUGUCCGUGUUUGGAGAGUAUCUGUCAAGAGCGAAACACAAUUUUUAUUUUUAUUUCCCACAUGUUUCCCUAAAUUUAGGAGAGGGGAUAGCUUUCCACAAAGACAAAAAAGCUAUUUACCCCCUUUUCACACAUAAAUUUGAGUUUUGAAGACAGUAUUUACUUAUUUGAAAACAAUAUAUAUGCUGUGAAUGUCCUUGAUUUUUAUUUUACUUAAUGGUGUUGUUUUGUUGCAUUGUUUGUCAUCUGCAACCAUACAGAACUUAAUGUUCAAAAUUUUAUGAUUGGGCAAGUUAUUGUUGUGCUUACCAUUAACUAAUACUAUGCAGAAGAUUGUGUGUGUGUGUGUGUGUGUGUGUGUGUGUGUGUGUGUUUACAAUACCAGUUGUAAAAUGUGAAAGUAAAUAAUUGUCCUACAUUAAGUUCUAUAAGAUUACAGAUGACAAACUAUGGCACAAAACAACUGUGCUAAAUAACUUAAAAAUCAAGGAAACCACAGAAUGUGGUAACUAGAUAGGUAUUCAGAACUUUGUCCAUAUUUCAUACAUGUAAACACUGUCUUAAAAACUCAAAUCUGUACCUGUGCAAGUGGUAAAGCGAUUUUUUCCUAUUGUAUUGACAGACAAAAAACUGGUGAUGCUCCAACUUCUACAAAACUUGUCUGGGAAAUAAAAAUAAAAAUUUUGUUUUGCUCAAGGCGGGCCCUCACCUAAAACAAAACAAAAAUUAUGAACAAAUGAGCAUUUAUCGACUACUGGCAAAAGUCUUAUAAGCAAGAACAAGAUAACAUAUAUACGGAAUUCUUGGAAGGGCAGCUGAAAGAAAAUCAAUACCUUGACAGCCCACUUGAAGAAUUCACUGUAGUAUGAUGGGUGCAAAAUCAUUUACCAGUACAUGCACGAGAGAAACUUUUUGGAACAAUCAUAAAAACAGUAGACCACGCAAGAAGAGUUCUUCACAAAUUCUGAGAACACAGUAGGGGCAUGCACAGUAUUUCUUUCAACUCUGAAAGAAGAAAGUAAAAAUGGAUGAGACAGACGUGAGUUUCAUGAACCAUGUGAUAACAGGCGAAUUCCCAGGUAUUGCUGGUAAAACAGACAUGGGAUGGAGGCAGCAAGUACAAACCAAACAAAAAGACGAAACUGUGUCCAUAAUAUAAUUUCUCGAGAGAAGAAUAACAUGACUAAUGUUUAUGCUCUUAUGGGUAUACUGCCGGAAUAUGAUCGUCUUCACUACACGAUAUUUUGGCGAUCUAUCUGACCACCAUCUUCAGGUGCGAUUGCUGAGUCUGGCGGCUGGAUGGAUCGCUGAAAUAUUGUGUAGUGAAGACGAUCGUAUCCAACAGCAUACCCGUGAAGGGCAUAAACAUAUAAGAUGCCAGGAAAAUCUAUGGAAUCACAAGAUGCCUGAUUUUUUAUGUUACAAAGAAGGAGAAUAUCAGUCCCAACACUGUUAGAGGCACUCAGGGCAUUAGGAGAAAUAAGGAACUGGAAGAAGAGCUACACUGUAUGAAAGAAAGGAAAUCUUUAACACGAGGGUACACAGAAGCAAAUGAUUUGGGGCAGAAAGAAGCAAGAUUCAAGAAGGAAGAUAAAGAAAAAAAGAAGAAGGUAUAGUAGAAAACCAAAUACAAGGUAAAAAAAAUUAGCAACAGGAGAAAUACAAAUGGCAGCAUCAAUAACAGAAAUUUCUUUGGAAGAAAAAUGAGACAGUUAGCAAACAUAGAAGACCCUGCAUAAAACAAGAGCCAAAAAGAGGGGAAAAAAGAUUGCCACAUCAAGCGAGCAGCAAAUACAACACUGAAAACGUCAUUAUGAAAAUGUCAUUGUGUGGGACUAUACCAUGUGGAGGAACUUAAACACUACAAGUCUUCCAAUAAAUUAACUAAUGAAUACAAACUGGAUGAAUGUACACAACUUGUCUAUACAGAGAAUCAUUCUUUGUCACUGUGAACUCUAUGGAAUGUGAAUUUGUCACUCUCAGAAAGAUGAAUAGUGUAUUAAUUAGACACUGUGAGCUUCAAUUCAGUAAGGAAUGUAUAUAUAUUGUGCACAUGAAGCAUGUUUUCUACCCUAAACUAACUUGAGACACUGAAUUUGCUUGGUUUCAUUCAGAACAGUCACUGACAGGCAUGCUCCGUGAACAGUGGGGAUCUGUGAUGGUGGCCACUCUACCGUAGCAGCAAGUGAGACACAGCUGUCUUAAAGUUGUGGAGACUAAUGCAUACUGAGAUACAGCACUGAGCCUUUUCCAUUGGCAUCCAUUGCACUGGUAGAGUAUUGCGCACAUGUGAAUGGCCUAUCCUUUCUCCUGGGCCUAACCCCAAUAAAUGACCACAAAUUUGCUCAAUGGUAUUCAUUACAAACAAUACUGCUGCCUGUUAUCAACGGGCAGUGAUGCAGAAAGAGACUCCACUCACAGAAACUAAAGUUUGUUGGUGGACCAUACCCAUCAGUCUAAAAAGUUUAGACUCUGGAUUAAAGAGAGAGAGAGAGAGAGAGAGAGAGAGAGAGAGAGAGAGAGAGAGAGAGAGAGAGAGAGAGAGAGAAAUUAUUAUUGUGGUUUUAAUACUUCAUGUGUUUUACAUCGAAACACCCACCUGCUCCCCCUUCCUCCACUGAUUUCAACACACAGAACGUUUAUACAACCACAUGGGACUGUCAAAAGUCCUUCUCUGACAUGCUUUUCAACUCACAUGUUGAGAAUGGCUGUGAUAUGGGGUCUGAGUGGGGCACAGUCAAAUGGGGGGUGCCCCAGGGAUCAGUGAUGGAGCCACUCCUGUUCCUUAUUUAUGUAUA